AUGGCAAUACCAGCCGUGCCAUUGAGAUGUGUACCACCGCCGGUUAGUUUUGAAAAUGACCCGAAAAAUUCCGUGCCAUAUGGGAAAAAUGAUGAUGGUGGGAAAAAAGGAACUAAAGAGAACGAGAAUAAUGCGUGUUCACUUGACGAGUUGUGGAAGCAGGACUCGGACAAAUUAGCAGCAGUUGUUGCGGAGGCUAAAAGAUACUUCGAUGCCUUUGAUGUUAAGUGUUCCGAGAAAUCACCGGCCUUGCACAGACGUUCGCCGAUUGUGGAACCAAAUCCUGAGUUUGUGGAACAAGAAAAAAGUGUGCACGGGAAUUUUAUAGAAAGCUUUUUUGUGAAAGAAACUUCUGAAUUAAAAAACAAGUUGGAAGAUUACGAGGAUGAAGUUUGCAUUUUAUCACCCAAGGAGUGGAGAGAAUCGCGUGUUCGUGAAAAGGUGAACUUUGGUGGAAUCCGUGAAGGCAUUUCUAGUUGUGAGCCAAUGGACACUAAAAGUGUGGAGGAAAAGAAGGAUCACAUUUCAACAAAAUUGGAUGAAUGUGCGCUUUUCGAAGAUAACGAUCCUAAAUACUGCGGCGGCGGAAACCAGGAAGAAUUAAUCAAUUUGAACAUUGUGAAACGUGAGGAACCUAAGGGGCUCAUGGUGCGGGAGGCUUUGAGGUUGUUUGAAAAGAAUUAUAAUGAACUCAUGAAGGAGCGCAAAAUUGAGCCAAAAGCGGGAAGGAAAAAUGCUUACAUCCAUCUCGAGGCCGCAAAUUGCCUUAAGAUAGACGUAUCCGGAAUAGAUCAUGUGAUUCUCAAUGGGAAGAAAUACGCAAAUAGUGUUGUGGAUUCGGGCCGUUAUAAGAAUACGUCGAAAACAAAUGAUGUCUUGAUUUACUCGGGCCAGGGUGGGACUGUAAAGACCAUCGAUAGCUCGGUUGAUCAAAAGCUUGAGAGGGGGAAUCUGGCGUUGAUGAAUAGAAAGGAGAUGAAAAAUCCCAUUAGAGUCACUUAUAAAAGAAAGAGUCACGCGUGCCCUGAGCGCGGGGUUGUGUAUGUUUAUGACGGGCUCUACAUCAUAAAUAAUGUGUGGCAAGAGAAGGAUCAAACGGGCAAGCUCGUGUUUCGGUUCGAAUUGCACCGAUUGCCCGGCCAACUGAGGCCUCACCAACAAGACAAGUCAAAAAUGGAGGUUUGCAUGGUUGAUGAUAUUUCAGGAGGAAAAGAGAAAAUGCCGAUACGGGCGGUGAACAACGUGGAUGACGUUAGGCUCCUCCCGAAGUUCGUGUACAUCACCCGCAUGGUGUAUCCCGAUUGGUUCAAGAAAGUUGAGCCCUUAGGUUGUGAUUGCGUGAAUGGAUGCUUGGAUUCCCACCAAUGCCCUUGCCUUGUGAAAAAUGGGGGCGAAAUCCCGUACAACGAAAACGGGUCUAUUUUACGGAGAAAGCGUAGGGUUCACGAGUCUGGGCCCUUGUGCAAGUGCCCUCCCACUUGCAUGAACCGAGUGAGCCAACACGGCCCGCGUUAUCGGCUGGAGAUUUUCAAGACCGAGCUACGUGGUUGGGGCGUGCGGUCGCGUGAUCUCAUCCCGUCGGGUGGUUUUGUGUGUGAGUAUUUGGGGGAGUUUUUACGGGAAAAAGAGGCCGACUUGAGAGUGGGUGGAGACGAGUAUCUAUUUGACAUAUAUAUUAGCCGUGGGGGGCGGGUGGAUGGGUUUGCUAUAGAUGCGGGCGUUUAUGGAAAUGUUGGGAGGUUUAUUAACCAUGUUGCUCACCUAAUAUGUAUGUGCAAGACGUUCUUUAUGACCACGCGCAGGGGCGGAGCCAGGGGGUGGCUCACCCGGGCUCCAGCCCAGUCUAAAUUUUUGUCUAAUAUAAAUAUGUAG